AUGUCAUAAUUUAGUAUAUAUUUAAUUUUUAAUAAUCUACAGAACCCCAUAAAGUUUUAGGAUCAUAUAUCAUUAAAGACCAAUAAGCAACACCUACAAGCAUAGAUAAAGAAAAAACAAACUAAUAGUAAUUAUGAGUGCUAGAAGUAUAAGAGCUUGUUCCCAUUUUAUUUUUGUUAAUAAUCUAAAUAAUAUCUUAUAUGGUCACUAAUAAAUAAUAAAUAGUAACUAGUGUGUGAGUUAUGUUUGUCAAAUAAACAUGCUAAUUCCAAAUGCGCAUCAAAAAACUCCCUUCAGUCAUUCUUCUUAGCAGAACAAAAUAGAAAAUAUUUAUUGCAGUGA